ACCGGAGGUCAUAUUUACUCGAACGCGUGAGCAACUUCUGCAAGCCAGACUUUGUACUGAGGGACAACAACACGGCGUGCAAGUGGACCGGCAUGUUUUAGCGAUAUACAACACAUGGUGUUCUGUGGGGAUAUAUUAUAGUGGUGGACUAACAAUCACAGCUGAGUAUGAAUGAAGGUGAGAGACAGAAGCAUCUAGGCGGAAAAUGACUGCAGGAAGAUGGCGUCCACACGAGUGACGGUGUUAUCUUGCACGUUCGUGAUGCUCCAGUUACUGUUGGCGGCGGGUCUGUGUCCGGAUAUGCAGACGUACGACAGUUGGAUGGCCUGGUGUGAGGACGAGUUUACCUACUCAGUCAACAUCUCUUACAUAUGUGACUGGACACAGACUAUAGAACCGUACAGUCGAGUCACCAAGUGCGCAGAGGCCGUGUCGCUGACUCUGAACUGCACCGACAGGAGGCGCUUGUUCGACGUGUUCAUGUUGGACCUGCACAGACGUUUCUUCGCGAACUGCACUCCUCUCCAGGAGCCUGAUUUUGACGCGCCAGACGACGUCUUCGCCGCCGCGGUGGCCAUUCCGACCAUCCUGGUGUGGGUCGCCGUGUUUGCUUGGACCUACUGGAACGCGAAUAAAAGAUGACAAUGCCACAAUGGAAUACUACAACAUAUACAAGAUAUCAGUUUAUCGGAGGAGGAUGUUGACAAGAGAUCUUUGCUGUUUGGUUACCGGUUUACCUCAAAAUCGUUGCCAGCUACUUCAUGAAAAAGUCACGUAUCGGCGGGGCAGAAUGUCUGGAUGGGUAUCGAUCCAAGACGUGUUCCAAUACUUAAAGUAAGGAUCAUUAUCUUCGCUGGAAAAGGAUGCCCAAGAUCGAUCUAUAUCUUGAAGCGCCAGAAGGUAAACUGAGAUCCUUGUGCAAAACAAAGACGUUAUGAGAUACAUGUAUCCACGUGCCAGUUGCUUCGCGGUUUACAUCGUACGUAUGGAUUUGCCACAUAUAUUCACUUAUAUGCCUUCUUUGUGGGUCAUACUUGGUUCGUAAAGAUAAGCGGAAAAUACUUAUAGUCGUGUAUAUAGUUGUUGUUUAAACUCGUGGUGUAAAUAAUAACAUAAAACAUGUUAAAGUUAUUUUGUUCUCUCGGAAGCCGAAAGAAAACAAUAAUAUUGUAUAUACGUGACUGGAAUACUUAGAUAUUCAUAUUUAUUGCUACAACGUAGCAUUGGUGUUCGGUAUGAGGGGGUUUACCUUAACUGUAAAACAGAAAAACACAUGAUAUAGUUGAUGAAUGUUAUGUUUAUAUAGAAAAAGGAUAAAAGAUGAAACAAACAAACUGAGAAAAGUCUA